GCUCAGCGUCCGCCACAUUGUGUAAAAGUUUCCAAACUUAAAAAUCGUGUUUGCUAUCAAAAAACCGUGCUAAAAAUGUUGGAUCUGGACUUAUUGGAGCUUUUUAAGACAUUUCCAAUGUGUAUGACAGUCUUAGUCGUGAUUCCAGUCGCUUUUCUAACUUCUCCAGCGCAAAGCGCGCAUGAAUUCAAGGCAUUUCGGAUGCAGCAUUACGAUCUCCACGGAAUACAUUACGGUUCGAGAAGUGCGCUUGUCAACAUGGAGGCUCGACCAAUCACUGCUGGAACGAUGACACGACGAUGCAUUGUUGCCAAAAUUGGAGAGCUAGCGUAUGACCGCUUUAGAGAAAUUCUGGGACAAGGUGCUGGCUCAGUUCUCUUUCUUUUGCCACAAAAUAUAUCUCGGUAUUCUCUUGAAGAAGUACAGAGAUUGCAAGAACUUGAGAACCAGAUGCUGCAAGAAGAGGUUCAACCAUCAGUAUAUUUUGCUCAAGAAGAUCCAGAACUACUUCAGAUUUAUGACCACAUUGGGAAGGCAACAACAAGUGACCAAGCUGGAUCAGCUGUUGAAGCCUUGUUUGAUGUGGCUUCAACCAGCGGUUAUCAGUUUGUUGCUAGUACCAGUGAGGCAAAACAAAUCAAGGAUAUGGUUCUCACAAACAUUCAAGGCCGUCUUGUUGGUGAAGGGAUUGAUGAACAGUUACCUACCAUAGCUAUUGUCACCCAUUACGACUCUUUUGGGAUUGCUCCUGGUUUAACAACUGGAUCUGACUCAAAUGCAAGUGGUGUUGUAGCAUUGCUAGAGAUUGCCAGGAUAUUUUCACGGCUCUACAAUGAUGAGGAAACCAAGGGAAAAUACAAUAUAGUCUUCUUGUUGUCCGGUGGAGGAAAGUUUAAUUAUCUUGGGACACGAAAAUGGCUUGAAGACCAACUAGACAACUCAGAAACUAGUGUUUUGAAUGAAAUGGACUAUGUCCUCUGUCUGGACAGCAUUGGUGGUUCUGACCAGCUGUUUAUGCAUGUUUCAAAGCCACCAAAAGACAACUCUCCUGGAUUCAGACUAGUUGAAGCAUUUAAAGAAGUUGGGGAACUUUAUCCUGAUGUUAAUUUUACCAUGGUUCAUAAAAAAGUAAAUUUGGCUGAGGAAAUCGUAGCUUGGGAGCAUGAACGCUUCUCGUUACGAAGACUGCCUGCUGGAACCUUGUCUCAUUACAGUCAACCCAAGGACCUUGGUAGAAUGUCCAUGUUUCAAACCAAACCUGUGAACUCCAACAUGUUAGAAAACCAUAUCAAAUUCAUAGCAGAAGCCUUAGCAAGACAUGUUUACAAUACAUCAUCAAAGGUUUUCAGAUCUCGUCUUGAAGUAUUCAGCGGUGGAAUGAGUUUGCAUAUGGACCUCGUUAACACUUGGCUGUCGCAUUUAACCAGCAAUCCUCGGGCGGUGCAAUUGAUCACGAAGAAUCAUCCUUUGUUGAAAGCCUUUGAACAGCAUCUAUCAAAGUAUGUUAAAGAAGUGAGGAGGGUGGCUGUUAAAGCUGAUAAAAGGGAUCCUGAUUUUGUAUUUUACGAUGUGUUGGAAACAACAAUAUUUGCUUACAGAGUAAAACCAGCGAUCUUUGAUCUGUUUCUUGCGGCAGGAAUUGCCUGUUAUGUUGGUUUGUUUUAUCUCGCAAUAAUGAAUUUCCCAAUGUUUAUCGAUGUUUUGCCCAAGCCCUCAGGCGUAAUAAAGAGCAAGUAUACAUAAGAUUGGAUUGACAUGAAUAUAAAGAGAAAAGCAACCGCUGGUUAUUAGUUUUGAAAGAUAUCUAUCGUAUUUAUCCAGGUUAUUACCACAAUUUCUUCAGAGUAAAGCGUGAGUUUACAUCGAUUAAUUUCUUUGAAGUGGAAACUUUUAUGAAUUGAUUACACAACUUGUCUAAUGUUAUAAAAAUAGGUUUUUAUUACUUUUAAAUACGAAUUGGAACUUAUUGUUGCCAUAACAACACUUUAAUGAUUUAUUUAUAUUUUAAAGCGAAUCACCUCGUACUUUCUGAAACACCAAAGAUUAUUACUGCAUCUAUUGCUUAUAUUUGGCUUCGUCAAUCGUCCAAAAUUUGCCCUGCAGAUUUCAUUGUACGACAGAACAUUUUCAAUCAAAUGCAUAGAGUUUUCAACGUUGUCUUUCAAAGUUUGUUUUCCUUUAAAAAAUCUUGUAAUUACUUUUCUAAAACAAAGGUAAUCGGUGUUAAUGGGCCGUUAUAAACCCA